AUCACAGGUUCUUCAUUAAUUUCUUUUUCUUCUCAAUAUUGUUAUGGAUUAGGGUUAUGCUUUUGUUUGUUUCAUUAAGCUUGUGAAAUGUCUCUCAAUCAAGUUCCUGUGAAAAGAAAGAAAGCAGAAUGGUGUGAUAAGAAUACUGAGAUUAUGUUGAAAGUGUGCAUAGAAGAGGUGAAUGCUGGAAAUAAACCUCAGAACCACUUCACUAAGCUUGGUUGGGCAAAUAUUGCAGAAAAGUUCAAUAAGGCAACAAAUUUGAGAUAUGAAUAUAAACAAUUCAGAAAUAGGUGGGAUUCUUUGAAAAAGGAAUGGAAAUUAUGGGCUAAGCUUAUUGGGAAGGACACAGGUCUUGGCUGGGAUGGGGAGAAGAAAACCAUUGCAGCUAGUGAUGAAUGGUGGGAAGCCAAAAUUCAGGAGGAUCCUGAAGUAGCAAAGUUUAGAGAGCAAGGCCUCAAAUUCUUACCUGAGAUGGAAUUCCUUUUUAAGGGUACUAUUGCUGCUGGUUUUGCAGCAUAUGCACCAUCUGAAGAUUCAAGACAAUAUGAAGGAUUCAACACAAGAACAGAAGAGACAAAUGAUAACAUUGAUGAUAACACUGACAUGGAAGUGAAUGAGCCUGAGAUAGACACGACAACUCAGAACACGUCUUCGGCAAAGGAAAAUGGACAGAGGAAGAGAGGAAGAGAGGGUGAUAAAAAAAUUGGGGUUGCUGCCAAGCUUUCCUCACAAUUAGAUCGUAUUAUUCAAACAUUUGAAUCUAGUGUAUCUGCUCAAGACCCAACUAGUAUUACUGCAUGUGUAGCAAAGUUGAAAGAUCUACCAGGACUUGAGCGUAGGAGUGAACUAUUUUACAAAGCCACUAAACUUAUGAAAAAAAGGGCAAACAGGAUCACCUUUGUUGCUUUAGAAGAGCCUGAGCUACAACUUGGAUGGAUCAAAUCUCAAACUUAAGCACAAAUUCCUUAAUUUCUCCUCUAUUUGAUAUCAUUGACACUUGCUAGUUUUGCUUGGUUAUGAACCUUGGUUGUGUUAUGGAUCUUAGUUUUUAAUUUUAGUUAUGUCAUGGAUCUUUGAUUUUAAUUUUGGUUAUGUUAUGGAUAUUAGUUAUGGUUUGGCUCUUGAUUUUUUUA